CUGUCCCAUUCCACUGGUUCGACUUAUCUCACCCCGCUACCGUACCACGCACACCGCGCGCCGACUACACACCCCGCACCACCCCACCACCACCACCCCGACCCAAUGCUGAGGAGCAGCACCCUUGUUGUCGGCCCCAGGCUGGGCUCGUCAACGACACAGGAGCCAAAGCACCGUAACGGCGCCGACCGCCCGCUCACUGGCCAGCGCCUGUCGCGCGUCGAAGAGGCCUCGAGCGACGACGACGAUGCGUACGAGAAGGAACGCCGCCACCGCCGCCAUGUCGUCGUCGGGUGGCUGCACAACCCCGCCAUCCGCAAGCGCCUGAUUGUCGUCUGUGUGUCCGUCGUCGCCGUCUAUGUGUUUAUCAUGGUCGCGUCGUCCAUGCUCCCCUCUGAGCUUGUCGAGGGCGGAGCCGACACGGCGAGUGCGGUCAACAUGAAGGGCGGGUCACACCUCAAGGUCCCGCCGGUGAAGGAACACCGCGCUGGCGGCGGCGGUGCGACCAACGCCGCGGCGGCCGCGAAGAAGAAGGAGCGCGAGAGGGCGGCUGGGCAGGUAUCGUUUGCCGGCUCGGACCACAAGGUCCAGAACGGCCGACUGCUUGUCAACCCCAACUCGAAGAAGCACCCCAUCAACCAGUUGAUCUCGACUGCCCAGUCCGCAUGGGACGCCAAGGUCGCCAAGCAGAGCAAGACGCUCAAGCAGGCCGUUGCAGAGUACAAGCGCCGUCACCACCGUCAGCCUCCAGCCGGGUUCGACAAGUGGUGGGCGUAUGUUGUUGACAACAAUGUGCAAAUGCCAGACGAGUACGACCAGAUUGAGCGCGACAUGCGCCCAUUCUACGCACUUCAGUCCAAGGAUCUGAGAGAACGAAUCGACAUGCACAGCAACGACAAGGACACCUACACGAUCAAGGUUACCAAUGGCAAGAUUACAACUACGGCCCAGUACAAGGACGAGGCGAUUCACCACGCCCGUCUCAAGAGCCAGCUCGACCUUAUCAAGGAUGUCGCCCAGUGGAUCCCCGACAUGAAGGCUAUUUACACUGUUCACGACACGCCCAUGUCGCUGAUCAACUGGGACCACCGUGUCGAGAUUGCCGACAGGCUCGAGGAGGAUGAGUACCUCGACACUGCCGUCAAUGUCGAGGGUGACUCGGUGGGCUGGGCAGCUGCCUGCCCGCCCUCGUCACAGCUGCGCAAGAAGGGCGAAAAGUAUGCGGGGCCCAACUGGGACGUGGACGCCAAGUCGUUCAUCGUGUCGCACUAUGCCGACAUGGACGUGUGCAACCACCCCGAGCUCGUCGCAUUGACCGGUAUCCUCGCGGGCAAGAAGCCUCUGAGCACCAACCUCUUGCCGAUCUUUGCCAUCUCCAAGACACGCCUGCACUCGGACAUUCUCGGCGUCCCGCCCGAGCGAUACAAUGGCCACGUCGAGCUCGUGCCAUGGGAGAAGAAGACCAACUCGCAUCUCUUGUGGCGCGGCGCCAACACCGGCAUGCACUAUGGCGCCACGCUCCCGUGGCGCGACACUCAGCGCGUGCGUCUGCUGGGCAUGAGCGCCGAGAAGACGGGUACGCUCGACGUCAUUGCCCCGCCCUCGGGCAUGAAGUCCAAGACGGUCGGCGACGCGGUCAAGCGCAUGGCCAAGGGCCCCGCCAACGAGCGCUACUUUGACAUGGGCUUUGUCGGCAAGGCGAUCCAGUGCGAGGUCGAGGACGGCACCUGCGCCGAGAUUGACCGCAACUACCCCUUCAAGAAGCGCGUCACCCCCAUCGAGGCCGACAGCUACAAGUACAUUGUCGACAUUGACGGCAACGCGUGGUCGGCGCGUUUCCAGCGUCUCGUUGCGUCCGGCUCGCUCAUCUUCAAGGCGACCAUCAUGCCCGAGUGGUGGACGGACCGUAUCCAGCCUUGGGUCCACUACGUGCCCGUCAAGGCGGAUUUCACCGACCUGUACGACUCGCUCGCGUAUUUCAGCGGCGACCUUGAGGGCAACGGCGCCGAGGAUGAGCUCGCAAAGAAGAUUGCCCUCGCUGGCCGUGACUGGUCCCUCACCCACUUCCGCAUGGAGGACAUGACCGCCUACGUCUUCAGGAUGUACCUCGAGUGGGCACGGCUCCAGGCGCCCAACCGCGGUUCCAUGAACUUUGUCUACGACCCAAGCAUGGAGCGCGAGCGCAAGUAGGUAGCCUGAGAGAAGAACACACGCCACGCCACAUUCGAUUUGUAUCACCACAUACCAAGGACGCACACACCACCACGCAUACUAGAUUUUGUUACGAGAUUUGCUGUACACGCCC